AUGUGGACUGAUGCGGUAGUGAUCGUCACGUUAUUAGCAACGUUUAUGGAUCAUUGGAAUAUAAUUGAAGCCUCAAAUGCCGUGUUAGUACGACCGGGCAUCCUACAGGGGCAAAGAAAGAUACAUAUAAAAUUUGAAGCUCAAAGGAAAAAAUACAUCGGAAGGGUCAGGAUUGAGAAGUGUUGUGGAAAUUCCAAGUGUAAUGGUGUAACAACAAAAACAACUACUUUUAAUAAAACAACAAAAAUCACCUUCUCAAUCGCGGCUUCCACGACGGCAGGAUUAGACAUUACAACCCUGGCUGAAGUGCCCACACAGCCCACUGACCAACCAACAUCUGAAUUACCAACGCCUGCUCCCGUGGAGGCGACGACAAUUGCUGCUGUUGUCGAUCCAGUAACUACUUCCCUUUCAGACCCGGGUUCAACUCCAGGGCCAAGUUCCGGCGCCACAGAUCCUUCCACUGCAGGGCCGAUAAACCAGCAAAAUACCCCUUCAGUUGCACCCAAUUCUGACCCUGUAACAACAAUUGCUGGUGCAACAACGGCUGCAGGAACUACUACUAUUGCAGCAGCAACUACUAUUGCAGGAGCAACUACUAUUGCAGGAACAACUACCACAACCGUUACCACCACUGUAACAACUACUGAGAAACCACUUUGCCUUCCAUUCACCUGCUCAUCUGGGGCUUCUAAUUUGGGACCCAAUGGAAGAGUACCUGCUUCAGCGGUCACUGACGGAGUUUUGAAAGAGUCUGGAAAUAGGCAGUACAUGUUCAGCUCAAGCUUAAAAACGUGGUCAGAUGCAGGAAGUGCAUGUUGUGCUCUCGGCAUGAGUCUUUUGAGCUUGGAAACCGACGCUGAAUAUUUAGCAAUUGCGGAUAUAGCGGACACAAAUGGACUGAUCGGCGAGUUUUUUACUUCCGGAAGCGAUAAUAAAGUUGAGAACUCUUAUGUUUGGUGCACAUCCAACAAUACAACAAUUGCUUCUCCAAAAUGGGCCGUUGGUGAGCCGAGCGACAAAUCGGGAAGCGAAAAUUGUGUGGUUGUAAUUACUGCUUCGGGGAAAAAUUCCACUCUUGGUGAUAAAUCGUGCACCGUAGCAACGAAAUUCAUAUGUGAACUGCCGGUCACCCCAUUAAAAGACACAUGCUUGCCUUACACUUGCCAAUCAAAUCCCAGCCUUCUAGGUUCUGACGGCCAAGUUAAUAUGACUGGAUCAAGUGUAGAUGGUGACUUCAUGGUUAUUUGUAAUAGGCUUUAUUUUGUCAGUAAAACAGCCAAAACAUGGCAAGAUAGUGCUGCUGAGUGUUGCAAAAGGAAAAUGAGACUUAUCGCCGUGGAAACUGACCAAGAACAGAAAUGCCUGGCUGAUUUUAUAUACAGUCCAUUUGGAAAUUAUUAUAUCGGCACCUGGUUGUGGAACAGCGGCUCGGACAUGUAUCAUGAAGGACUUUACAACUGGUGUUAUUCGGACAACACAGUGGCAAAUAUUAGCUUUUCCACGGAACUGAAGUUUGCACCUAGCCAGCCCGACAAUGCUGGGAAUAAUGAAAACUGCAUCAAUUAUCUCGUCUCCUCCGCUCCUCCUCCAAAUAAUUUUGUCUACAAUGAUUACCCUUGCACAGGUUCACUGCGAUAUGUUUGUGAAAGACCGUUAAAUGGAGAGGUUCCUUUUCCUGAAUGUCCUGCGAUCAAUUGUAUUUCAGAGCCUGCAAAAGUAGCAGAGUCCAAGAAAUGGUUAUCAUCGUCGGCAGCAAUUGGAGAUUUCUACAGUGGAUGCGGCAGGCAGUAUUUCGUUAGUGUGGCCACGAAAAUACGUGAUGACGCCAUGGCCGAGUGUUGCAAAUAUGGCCUUCAGCUUUUGAGCGUCGAUUCCUAUGACGAGCUCGCAUGUAUAAAGGAUAUGAACAAUUUCGAAGCAAAGAAAGCGGGCAGGUAUUGGACUUCUGCUUCAAACAAGGGCCCUGUUAAUAACUACGGGUGGUGCACCACAAACAAAUUUCUGUCCAAUGACACCAAUAACACCAUUUGGGCGACAAAUCAGCCGGACAACCCUUAUAAUGACAAGUGCGUAACGCUCAACAUUGCUGUUGGAGAUGUUACAGCAACAAAUUACAAACUUAACGGAGCAGCCUGCAGUUUGUCUCUGCCUUUCAUUUGCGAGGGUGAUAUGCCUCCAUGCAAUGCCACUUGUCCCAGGAACUGCACAUCAAAACUUGAAAAAACUCGUUUUAAUACCAAAAAUGAGCUCACUGCAACCGCUUCUUAUGGAAAGUGGAUUACCGGCUGCGGUGGAAGCACGUAUUUGUUUUCCAUCGAUAGAAAAUUAAGUUGGGACGAUUCUUACGAUUUUUGCUGCAAAAUUGGCAUGAGUCUUGUUAAAAUGGAGACCUACGAUGAAUACAAAUGUCUUUUUGAAUUCAACAACAACAACACCGACCUUCGAGUUUCGCUUGACAUGUGGACUUCUGCAAAUGACAGGGACUGUUUGUACAAUUUCGAGUGGUGUGACGAUGGAGCUAUACUUUACAGAAACGACUCUAGAUGGUGGACAGCUGCGGGAGGGCAGCCAAAUAACGCUGGGAACACUCAAAAGUGCGUCAACGUGAACUACGCGCCCGGUCCAAUUGCGAACGCCUACCUGAAUGAUUGGACGUGCGAUACAGUGUGGAGCUUCAUUUGCGAAAUGCCAGCAAUACCAAAUCCAACGUCAGUGGUGUGCACAGACUAUCCAUGCGCCACGGAGGCCGCGAAAGUUAGCCAGUUCCAGGCAAUGACAUCGUCCGCUAGUGGCGUUUUUAAAACGGCUUGCGGAAGAAAAUACUUUUUCAGCACUGGAGUCUUGUCGUACAAAAACGCUGUUACUGAGUGUUGUAAAUAUGGCAUGCAGCUUCUCAGCAUUGAAACGUUGGCUGAGCAAAAUUGUCUCGUGGACCUGAACAAUGCUGACACGAAAUACAUUGCGAAUUUUUGGACGUCUGGUACAAACGAUGGCAUCGGCAGGGAGCGCACGUGGGGUUGGUGCCCCUCAGGUCAACUGAUGACCAAAGAUCUCUUUUGGGCUGCCGGUGAACCGAAUUUAUUUUUCACGGAGAAUUGCGUCUCGUGGCUUCUGACGACUGGUACCGCAUACAAUUUGCAUACCAUGAGCUCUCAAAAUUGCGAUCUUUCGAACAGAUAUAUAUGCGAAGAAAUUUGAUUUUCAUCAUUAAUCAGCACUCGGCGCCGAUCAUAGAUUUUUUUAUAAACGUUUUUUAGCUCAUGAAAUUUCUCCAAUCCCAAAUAUAUGCAGUCAAUUAAACUAAUUUAUAAUUGUUCAAUUCGGCAAAUUGAAAAGAAUGUAUGAUGGUAAAUUAUAAUAUGCACUAUAUCUAUGUGCUGUUAAUUAAAUUUUUAAAAGCAAUAUUAUCCGGUAAAUAUCAUUAUUUUAUAAUAAUUAAAAAUAGAUUUUAAAGAUUUUCAUUUUGAGCCAAUUCUAACGUACUUUUUGAAUGUCUGGCAUCUAAUAUUGCAUAUAGUGCAAGUACUUGUAGUUUUGGCCAAACUUAUUAUAGUGUAGAAAACACCUAAAAUACAAUUCAUUGUGAAUUUUUGGACGUGUCUGGUACAAACAAUGGCGUAAAGCUGGAAGUGCCCCUCUUUCAGGUCAACUGAUGUCCACUGGCUUAAUUUUGGGCCGCCGGAGAACCGAAUUUGAUUUUCACAGAAAAUUGCGUUUCAUGGGCUUCAUGGCUUUUGACGUCUGACUCGCCAUACAAUUAAAGCACUUUAAGCUGUAGCAGUUGCGCUCUUUUGAACAUAUUUAUUUGCGAACUAGUAUAAGAAAAUAAUCUAAAUAAUAUUUCAAGAAAAAAGUUUUGUUACUUGAGGAAAAUUGAUUUUCGCAGUUAAUCAGCAUUGAAUUGUAAGACCCCUCUGUCGAGAAAUCAAACUGGUACUAUGGGAAGAAAGUGGAUUAUUUUAAAUAAUAUAUUUAAAUUUCUAAAAAAAAGUUUGUAA